AUGAGUGAUAUUUUCACACUUAUAGCCGAAGGCAAACUGGAAAAAAGCGAUGUCACAUUCGCAAACGUUAACAGCAUAUUCACUCCAAUCGAAGGUAGAGUUGAUUCUGAAAAAUUCUUUGGAACAAAUCCGUUUCUUUUUGCUGUCAUGAAUAACAAGAAAGAAUACUUAAAAAUGCUUAAAGACAAAGGCGCCAAUAUCAAUUUUAUUCAAGUUUCUCCUAUUGAUAAAGACUUUAUUUAUACAAAACCAACUUCUCCAAUUGGAACACCAGGAUUUUACAACGAAGCUCAAACUGAAGCCAUUGAAAACAAAUGCGGCGAUAAUGCUAUGAUACUUGCUAUCAAAAAUAAAGAUAAUUUCGAAAUGCUCGAAUACUUACAUACUGAACUUGGUUUCCCACUAGAUUAUGUUAACUAUGAAGGAGAAACAUUGGCACAUAUUGCCAUCGACAAUAAUGCUGCAAAUUGUAUGGUCUAUGUUCUCAACAAUUAUCCUCAAGCAUAUGACAUUAAGGAUAACGAGGGCUUAACUCCUGUAGAACGAGCUAAAUACUACGACGUCAAUAGCUGCAACUGGGCCUUCUAUAGGGUUUCUUCUGCUAGAUCAACAAGUAGUCAAAGCAGUAGAGAAGGCCAAGCUGAUUCUAAAAACGCAGUCCAGAUUAUCGAUUUACCACUUCCUGAACUUUUGGAAAGAAAAACAGACUUAAAGCUGAUUUACGAUAAAAAGAAGAAACCAUUAGCAAAACCUCAAUGGGAUGAUUCAAUUAAAAAGCAACUUCUUAAAAAGCUCGAUGAUUUCGCAAAUUAUAAGGAUGAAUUCGGCAGAAAUAUAUUACAUCUCGCAAUUUUGAACAGGGCUACAGAUGCAUUCACAGAAAUCAUGAAGACACAUAGUUAUCUUUUACUUGAACCUGAUAAUGCAGUUGAAAAUUUUGAUGAACCGACGAAACCAGGAGAAACACCUCUUGAAAUGCUGUUUAAAUACAGUCAAGUCAAAAAUCGUGAUGAAGACUUUGUUCAAACAGCAAUCCACGACCUUUGGGUUCAUUAUCAAAACCAGUUUAAUGAUGAUAUUAAAAAUCAAUUCACAGAGCUUUUCGAAAAAGACAAAUCCUUUGAGCAAUUACUAUGCCCAGGUGGAACUGCACUUUUCUCAUUUUAA